AUGUUUUUCAAACUGUCCGGAGAAAGGCACAGAGACAUGUACCCUCAGUCGGCUCUAAUUGGAAGCACUGCACUCGGGAUUAUCUGCCAAACACGAUGGAUUAUCGACGGAAGAAGAAAGCUGACAUUCUUCACCAUUGGACUCAUAUUUCUACUUAGCGGUGUGGAAUAUGCUGUAAUACUGCCCACGAUAUGGAGGUACUUGCAGACUUUAGAAGCAGCACCUUACUACCUGGGUUUGGCGCUGUCAGCAUUCAGCUUGACCGGCCUCCUCACAGGACCGUUGUUUGGCUACUGGUCCGACAAAACACGGACCACUAAGAAGAUCAUCUUGUUUGCCAAUGUUUUUGAGAUGAUUGGUAAUUUUAUGUACUUUAUGGGAUAUUCCAAGUGGCUCUUACUGUCAAGCAGACUGGUGGCAGGUAUCGGAACAGGUGCUGGCUCAGCUAUCUUUGGCUUACUGACCAGAAGCACCGCCCCAGAGGACCGCGCCACUGCUUUUGCUGCAGUCAUGGCAUGUCGACAAGCUGGCCUUCUGAUUGGUCCAGCAUUUAACAUCUUCCUGAGGUUGUGUGAUUUCCAACUGGGUCCUUUUGUUGUCAAUAAAUAUACCGCGCCAGGGCUGUUCAUGUGUCUGCUGUGGACUCUCAUUCAACUGGCGGUGAUCUUCAUGUACUGGGACCUACCUCCUCUGGAGAAAGAGAAGGCCAAAGACAGAUUAAGAGGCCAGAGCAAGGACGAGGAGGACGAGCAAGGGCUUGUGGAAGAGGACAAUGAUGAGGAAAAGCCGCUAAUGGGGUCCCAGGAGAUAGGGGGGUCCUACGGCUCAGUGGUGGUGUCCAACACAACCAUGUCAGACCCUUCUGCUACCUCAAAUGCUACGCUGAAUCCCAUCUCUCCACCUCUCUCUCCAGAGCCACCAGAGACCCAUGAGUCUUCCAGCCCCUCUAAGACCUCUAGCAUAUCUCGAGAGUUCCUGAGAGAAGAGGUGGCUGUGCUGCUGGCUGCUCAGUUCAUCACUCUCUUCAAUCAGACAGCACUGGAGACCAUGGUGACCCCGAUGACCCAGAAGUACUUUGGCUACAGUGAGCUGGAGAACAGCGUGAUGUACAGCCUCUGCGGGGUGGAGGUGAUCGCUGGCUUCCUGUUUGUGCGCUGGCUGAGCCAGCGUGUUACUGAGCGAGUUAUCCUUGCCAUCGGACUGACGAUCUGCAACAUCUCCGGUGUCUGGUGCUUAAUCUUCCUGGCAAACCCACUAGGUGGUUUCCAAUGGAAGCUGACUGAAUUCGUCAUUGGAGUGUUUCUGCAGGUUUUGGGUUUGCCAUUUGUAGCUGUGGCUCAGGUUUCCCUCUUUUCCAAAGUCACUUCUGAGAAAACACAAGGUUUCAGUCAAGGCGUGCGCCGCUCAGUGGGGGGUCUAGCUACCAUCCUGGGUCCUCUGUGGGCUGGGGGCCUCACAGACAACAUGUAUAUCAUGAUGGGGGUGAUGAUGGGACUGCUGGCACUGGUUACGAUUAUGCUGGCUUUCUCAUACGACCGGAUGCUUGCACCUGCUGUGGAGGAGCAAGUGGAUGACUCGGACAACGUUGGCUAAACCAGCAGAAAGCAGAUGGGAUGAACGUGGAUAUAAAAGUGGGAGAUUCCCUGUCCUGCACUUAACAGUCCAUCCAAUGUUUCACUUUCUGCACUGGGACCAGCAAGCAGGGUGACGAGACACACACACACACACACACACACUCUCU